AUGGCGGCGGAGAAGCUCGUACUGCUCGCGCAAGACGACAAGACGGUAUCCCUGGCCGUAAUCCCGGCGGCCGCGUCAGAGGCAGCGGCCACUUUCCGGCUCGUCGAGCAGAGGUACCGCUCCGGAGGCGACGUCAACGACAACGAGGUGGACACAAUGGAGGACGUGGCGUGCCGCUUCCCCGUCGGCGAGCUGCGCGCGGCGGCGGUCGACCGCGCGUUCGAGGACCUGAUGGCCAGGAUCGACCACCCGACGCUGAGACCGGAGGUUGCACCGGCGGCAAGGGAGGCGGCCGCGCGCGUCCGGGCGAGGUACGCGGAGGAGUGGGCUCAGCUCGGCGGCGUCGAGUUCCGCCUCCGCUUCGAGUUCGUCGACUCGCUCGAGCCCGAGGAGGAGACGGGGAGCGACCUGGACCUCGACGAGGUGUCCUGGGAGCGCGGCUGCUGGUCGGACGGCGGCGACUGGCGGCAUGACCAGGACCCGGCCGCCCUCAUCAGCGACGACGAAGUCGGCGCCCAGUUCUCGGCGCGGCCGUACGGCGGUGCCAUCGCGCGGGAGGGCGGGCCGAGCGACGGGACGCUGCUGCUGUCGGGGUUCGAGGCGCGCGCCGAUGGCCCCGAGCUCGCCGACCAACACGAGCUGACGUCGCGGGACGUACAGCGCCUCGUGCGCCUCGCGUUCGACGGUGGGGACGUGGAGGGCGACGACGCGUACCAGCGGGCGCUGGACGGCGGCGCGCCGGUGUCUCGUGUCACGCGCGCUGUCGUGCACGACCAGGCGUUGCGGUCGGCCACGGCGACGGCGAGGCAGCAGCAGCCAACGUCGCCAAGAGGGAUGCCGGCUCGGAUGCGCACGGGAUAG